AUUUUCUGCGAAGCAUAACUUUAAAAUUAAAACGCGCGUCUAGCCUCCAAGUCAGCAGGGGCGCUGAAACGCAUAACGUUUAUUUAAUCUACGCCAGGAAAACAACAGAAGAAUCAGAGCUGCGUCUGAAACUGCACUCUUUCGUACUAAGUAGUGCACUGAGUAUCUUAAAGGCCAUAUACUAAGUAGGCACACUAUGUGUUAUUUGAUUUAGGACGCAACCGUAAGCUUAAAACCUGGCGGUUGGAGCCGACUGUAUCGCAAGACUUGAGUUUUAAAGCGUGUAUUAGCUCUUUAUUUAUUUAAGUUUCUGUAUUAGUAGAACAAGUAACGAUUGUGAGCCGCAUUAUGGGAGGAAAAUAAAGUUGUUUUGAAUAAUCUCAGUUUAAGCCAUGUUUAAUGUAGUUUAGCACGGCUAAGCUAAAGUAGAGAGAGGCUGAGCGGGUGAUGGCGUUCCCCGAGCCCAAGCCGCAGCCUGUCCGCCUCCCGCAGCACCUUCUCCGGGCUGUAGACUGCCAGCAGGCCGCUGUCAGAGCUGUGCGCUUUAACGCCGACGGGAACUACUUCCUGACGUGUGGCAGCGAUAAAAGCCUGAAGCUGUGGAGCGCGAGCCGGGGAGCCCUGCUGAAGAUGUACAAUGGCCAUGGCUACGAGGUGCUGGACGCCGAUAGCUCUUAUGAUAACAGCCAGCUGUGUUCGUGCAGCGCAGACAAGACGUUGAUCCUGUGGGACGUGGCGACCGGGCAGGUCACCCGCAAACUCCGCGGCCACGCAGGGAAGGUGAACUGCGUGCGAUUCAACGAAGAGGCCAGUGUCAUGCUCUCGGGUUCUAUAGACGGCACGGUGCGCUGCUGGGACACUCGGUCCAGAAAGAUGGAGCCGAUUCAGAAGCUGGACGAGGCGCGAGACGGAAUCAGCAGCCUGAAAGUGGUUGCGCACGAGCUGCUGACCGGGUCUGUGGACGGCCGGGUGAGGCGCUACGAUCUGCGGAUGGGCCAACUGCACGUCGACUACAUUGGCAGUCCGAUUACAUGUGUGUGUUUCAGUCAGGAUGGUCAAUGCACCUUGAGCUCCAGUCUGGAUGCCAGUGUGCGUCUGUUGGACAAGAGCACAGGAGAGCUGCUGGGAGAAUAUACAGGACACCAGAAUAAAGACUACAAGCUGGACUGCUGCCUUUCUGAGAAAGACACUCACGUGCUGAGCUGCUCCGAGGAUGGUCACGUGUACUGCUGGGACCUGGUGGAGGGCUCAUUAACACUGAAGUUGCCCGUCGGGAAAGCCGUCGUCCAGUCGCUGUCCUUCCACCCCACUGAGCCUCGCUUACUGACAGCCAUGGAGGGGCGUGUCCAGAUCUGGGGGGUGGAGCCAGACGAAACGGACACGGCCGAGUGAGGAACUCAGAAUCGAAUGCAGUCCACACGGGUCCUCUGUGCUGCGGCGUGAACGCAGCACGCUUCCUCCCCAGCGUCUCCCCGAGCCCUCCCUCUCCUCUCGGUCUUCUUCUCUUCCUUCUCUCCUUGUCUCAUCUGGGAGGCCCGAUUCCGAGGAACCGCUUUGUUCUUGGACGUCUGACACUGAAAGACAUGGAAACGUGGAGAUUUCUCAGUCCGUGGAUAAUCUAAGAACUGAUAGGCUGCUUUCCUGUGGUGGUACGAAAGGACCCCUCUAGUCCACAUUACAAUACUACUGCAAUUUAUUAUUUUAUUUUUUUUAAAGCAGGAACCCCCCGGAAAAAAACAAAACUAUAAUGUGUGUUCGUUAUUAUUUAAGUGUAUGCUGUGUAAAUUCCUUAACACAAGGCAUAGUAAAAUAAUAAUAAUAAUAAUAAUAAUAAUAACAUCUAAGAACACUGUGCUGUAAAUAAAGGUUCAAUGUUCGGUUAAAUUAGGUAAAUACAUUUUCAAAUAAAAGUACUAAAAUGGACUAAAUAGAUUUUUUUUUUAAAAAACCCUAUAAAUAUAAUGCACAUUGUUUUGACUGUUCUACGUGUGUAAAGUUAAAAUACAGUCUCACUAGAAUACAUUAAAAUGUGUUCAAAAAUACUACAUUGUAUAUAAAAAAAAAAAAAAUUAAUAAUAAAUGGGGAGGAAAGAAAAACCAGAAAAAACUUGACUCUCCUACCUUCUUUGUAAGGUCAUGACCUUUGUAUUAGGCUUACCUAGUAGCAUGUGCAGCCAGUGUCCCUCUCCGACUUGAACGCAGAAAAGCAGCAUG